CUCGUCGUCAUGUUGGCAGGAGGUUGCCUAGCCUUAGAGCGAUCCAAUUCCUUUCUAUACUCAGUGUGAGGUCAUUACCUCUUUGGUCAUGCGAUAUCGAUAUGAACUUCUUCCAAUUUUACUGAGCAAUUCUGCGCACGACUUGAAACCGUUUAAAAGGAAAAACUCAUCAAGUUCAUCUGGCUCCUGAGUUGAACUCGUGGAAAGCCAUGGUUCUGUGUUAUUUUGGUGUGCUCAUCGUCAUAUGGCAUGCACAGCUGACCCAAGCCAUUGCACAGUGCGGUCCCCCCACAUAUUCAGAGUAUGGUCAUCAUCUUUCCGGUCACGUUAUUACAACAAGUAAAACUUCCAGCAUUACUGAGUGUGUGAUGUUCUGCUUGAACGAGUCUCGCUGCAAGAGUUUGAACUUUCGUUUAAAAGAUAAGUCAUGUGACUUGAAUGCUGCUGACAAACGUACUCACCCAAGGGAUUUUGGUCCGAAGGAAGGAUCAGUUUAUAUGAACAAGGAUGAUGAAUUCAAAUCUUGUUCAGAAAUUCUAAAGAAAUUGCCUCAUGCGGAAAGCGACAACUACUGGAUAACUAUUGGAAAUAGAGACGUACAAGUUUACUGUGAUAUGGAAAAACAUGGCGGUGGAUGGACCUUAGCCGUGAGUAUCAGUUCCAAGAACAACGAUCAUCUUCAAAGCGAUGCCAACAACUGUCUGAACUCCGUACUGUGCGUUCCUUUUAUGGACAAGAACCAGGGUAGAAAAUUGAGUGACAGCGAUAUACAUGAAGUAGCAAAGGAAGAAGGAACUUUUAGGAUCGAUGUGUUACAAAGUGAUGGCACUUUCUUGCAUACAGUAUUUUAUCGGAUACCCAGUGGGCAAAACAAAUUCAACUCAACAUGUCAUCAGGGAAAUUGUCCACGUAUUAUCAUAUCCCACUCCUAUCCAAAUGGUUGGGAGAGUAGCAGCUGCACAGGGAUUGAAAAGGGAUAUCUUAUCUUGCCGAACAACUACUGGGUUUUUGAUGGACAUGAUAACAGAGAGUGCGGCGGCUUGGCUUGGUCUUCGUCCCAAUACGGUAACGGAAAACGUGCCCUGUAUGGUUACACAAUUGGCGGCAAUCGUGGAAUAUACAAUAACAAUGCGGGGAUGAUGUACGUUAAAUAAACAUUGGACAGGUGUUGGCAUAGAUAAAUCUGAUAUGAUAUGUAAAGUUACUAUGAUUUACACAACCUUAAAUCGAAAAUUUAUCAAGGGGAAAAUUAUUUCUUACAUAGCGUUCAAGGGGACAAAACUCCUUUCACAAACAGUUCGCCGUAGUAGAGCUAUGGAUUAACCGAGGAAAUGUACCGAUGAUGAUUGAUAGAACGAUUUAUUUGUAAUUCCUAUAAGACUUAAGAGUUGACUUCAGAUUUAUUACUGAUUAAUCUAUGACUGAUUAUAGUUAGAAGUUUGUAAAACGCUCUACACUAAACGCCAUAACGGAAAUUUAUUCCUGCCUAACAGAUAUCUUGAGCAUGCAAACAGUAAAUAACUUAAUAAAAGAAAAAAAUACUUAGAAUAAGUUAUUAACUACGUAAAUAGAAAACUUGGUAAAUCAAUACAAAAAAUUUAAAAUUUGAACAUAAAUAAAGAAAUGAUUGCAAAUACGAUUGAUAGGUCUUACUUAUCUUAGUAGUGACGUAUACUAAACACAGCGAGAGAAAACCAAGAUUCGGGACGGCCAUUAAAUCCAUGAAAACCAUGCAUUAAAUUAGCAGAGUGGAAUAACUUAAAAGUGA